CGGUCCUCUCCCCUUCCCGGGGAGACGGUCAUCAGCUAUGCUUCCUACAAUUGCAGCUGACGUUCCGACGGCACCCGCCUGCCUCCGGGGCUCAGUUCACCUUCGCUACUUGCUAUCAGCACGUACUAGUGUAGUCCCGCCCGCAUUAGACCCUCAUCCAUCGCGACACCUAUAACCAGGGAAUGUUUUCACAUGCAUACAUAUGGCUUUCUGCAAUCGUUGGCUCCCAAGCUGCGUUACGUGCGCAUGUUUCCAGCAUCACUGCGGGGUUGCACUGGCAGUGUUGGUUACGGCGCGCCCAACAGUUUUCUGAGGCCAGCGGCGGCCAAGUGCGUUCUUGGGAACUAUUUACAUACAGACUCAAGUUUGCUGCUUCGCUGAUAGGCUGCCACAGGUAUCCAACGUGUUUCUCAUUCUGCAUGCAUAUUCACCUCUGGUGCUCAGCUGGAGCUCCAGAAAGCCGAAUGCGGGAUGACACAGGCAUGCACAGCCACGUCUCGCUCAUGGAGAUGUAUCAGUUGCAAGAUCUUGGGCGGUAGUCGGUGGACUUGUAGCCGCGAGGGUCCCCGGUCUACACCGUAUAUCCAAAGCACACUGGCUACUCUCGUCUCCAAAUCCUCACCUCACUGUCAC